AUGGCCGGUGCUCCAGAGAGUGUGCAUCAGCCGGCAGCGGGAGCCUCACAGGUGGAUGAUCUCCUAGAGGGAGUUCAUCGGCCGAGCAAUGCAUGCGCCGGCGGCUCUCCUCCGAGUGGUGUGGAGUGUCGUCUGCAGUCAGGUGUUGAUCGAGAGGAUCAUCACCUGCACAACGUUGGCUCUCACAGUGCCAUCUCCAGGCCAUCACCAGGUGUGGUGGAGGCCGCACGCAGCAGGUCCCCGAGGCCCCGUGAUGGGGCACAGUCGCAGAGAGGUUCUUCACUUGACGAGGGUCAUGUGAGUGCCACCGAUGUUCUGCGGGUUUUCGAUGGUCUUCCUUCGGAUGCCUUGAAGAGGGGUGCCGAUGCACCUCUCCCAACUUCGAAAUCUUAUGCCACGGGAGCGUAUGUUCUUGGUGGUAAUGUAGGCCUGAAGGCCAAUGCCUCAGCCAACCCGGAGGCGCUCAAAGUCUUUGCAAGGUUUGUGAGACAGCGUGCACCGGGGUUUAAGUUUUCUUCGAUAAAUAUAUUUGAGGAUGUUCGCACUGAGCGCCAUCGAGAUCAGUGGAAUGCCAACUUGCAUAACUUGGCGAUUGCACUGACUGACUUCUCAGGUGGAGCUAUCUUUGUGGAGCAUGAAAACGGUCGAGAUGUAUCCGACCUUAAUGGUGCACGAGGCUCUCGCUUGCAGGUUGCUAAGGGCCCUGUCCGAUUCAAUGCCAGACACAAUUGGCACUACACCGAGGCGUGGCAGGGCCGUAGAGUCUUGCUGGUUGCAUUCACCAUCCGUCAUGUCGAAUCGCUGCGCAAGGAACAUCUUGACUUUCUCCGCGAGUGUCAUGUUGAUGUUCCGGGAUGCGCGCCCGAGGGCGCGCGGUUGGCGCCUGCUGAAGCGUGUGCUCGUCAGCUGCCAUCCUUGACCUCCCCCGCAGCUCAGGAGUCGCUUAGGCCCUUGCCCGCUUCGGUUGUCCCCGCCGUUGACCCUAAGGAACCUGUGAGCGACCCUGCUAGUCCCUUAAAGCCCGGUUCUGCUCUCUAUGUCGAGAUAAAGUGUGGGUCCGGAUUGCUGCCGGCUCGGGUGCGGCGGGACGGAUUUCAAAUCAUAGCGCUUGAACAUUCUCGCCCCGCUGGGCGAGUGCACACUCACCUUGUCCCUGUGGACAUUGAAACUGAGUCGGGUUUCUCCUUUGUGCAGACUGUCAUCAGCCACGAUGCCCCUUUUCACGUGCAUUUCUUUCCUGCGACCAAGGAUUGUUUUAAGGCUACUUUUAGCGCCGGGCAAACCAUUCGCAUCGCCAAACUCUUGCUUGCAUCUGAUUCGCAUUGGAGUGUCUUGCAUCCCCUGGCGUCAGCCCUGUGGAAACAGCUCGACUUUCCCGACAACCUCCAUUGCGUAGACUUCUGUGCAGGUUGCUACGGGGCUCCCAGUCCGGUCAAAAUGCGUCUGUGCACAACCCAGGCCGCGCUGGCUGGCAUGCCGGUGCCAGCAUGUCGUUGUCGCCCCGGGCCCCACGCUGCGGGCUCGCUUGCACCAGAUGCCUUGUACACAACCAAGUUCUGUGAUGUGUUUGCUGGCCUCCUGCAGCUGGCGGUUGGCCAGUCUGGCCUCUUACUUGAGCACGCUCUUCCUCUGCAGAGUUCGCGGCAUUCUGCCGUAGCAGCCGCUGGGCGGCAGCCUCGAUUGUCAAAAUUCCAGCCGCAGAUCGCCGAGUUUAAGUGCCAGGCCACGGUCCGUGUGCCUUCAGCAGUUACCUUUGGCAUUUACCGCACGGAACAAGAGUUUGUGGCCCAGGCAUUGCAUAUCGAUCAUCCCUUCGACUUGUGCGUGGCAGUCCCAGACUUCAUGUUGAGAGCGUUGGCUUUUACCUUGAAAGAGGGCCCGGUUGGUGUGAUGAAGCACCGUCUGAAUUUGCUCCAGCAGUGGACUUCUUGGAAACGCGAUUUGGCCGGUGCCGAAGCAAACCUGCAUGCUGCCAUGGAUCCUGGUGUAGCUUCUGUUAUGAAGGGCAAGAACAUUUUGCUUUUGGAAAAAAUUGCAUCGUCUUUCGGUUGGCCUGACACUGAAGUCUUCGAACACCUUAAGCAUGGGUUUCCCUUAGUGGGGGAGUCGAGUCCUUCUGGCAUCUUCGAUGUGGAUAGAAAACCGGCUCUGAUGACAAGGGCAGAGCUUGUGCAGCAUGCUAAAUUCCUUAGGCCUGCGCUGUGGGCGAAGGUGGCGAACGCGGAGGUGGAUGAUUUAGCUCGGGAAGUGUGGGAUUCCACACAGCAAGAGAUGCUAGUCAAGGAGUGGCUAACCGGACCUUACUCGUGGGACGAGCUGCAGGCCCGUCAUCCAGAAGGCUGGCUUCCAGUGCGGAGGUUCGGCAUUGUGCAAAAAGCCAAGACGCGGUCGAUAGACGAUUUGGCCGAGAACUCUGUAAACUGCGCCUAUGCUGUUUCCGAUCGGAUUUCUUUGAGGGCCCUUGAUGAAUUGGUCUGGCUUGCGAUCACCCUCUUUAAGAUCUUCAUUGCAAAAGGCGAGGUGAGCAUCCCUUUGUCGGACGGCGACCAUCUUCGCUUUCCGGUGCAUUCUUUCUGGAGGGCCCUGAAACCCGAUGCGCUUCAGCCAAGCUUGAAAACAGUGGACUUGAAGAGUGCUUAUAAACAGUUGGCGGUUUCUCCACGAGACCGCUGUCUGAGCAUAGUGGCCAUCAAGGACCCGGUCUCGAGGCUUGCGUUUGGCUUCGAGAGCCGAACCCUUCUGUUUGGGGCCACCUCGUCGGUGGUUUCAUUCAAUCGCGUUGCAAGAUUGCUCCAGAGGGUUCUGGUUGCCUUGCAGGUGCUCGCCUGCAACUACUUCGACGAUUACCCGGUUUUAGAGGUCUUGCCGCUUUGUAACAACACGCAGUCGACUGUCAGAGCCGCGUUGGACCUGCUGGGUUUCGCCUGGGCGGAAGACAAGGAUCUUCCCUUCAGCCAUGAGGCUGAGCUACUAGGCGUUCGGGUUGACCUUGGCAGCUUUGGGGUAGUUAAGAUUGGGAAUAAGCCCGAACGUGCUACUGCCAUCGCUGAGGCGGUGGACUCCGUCUUGAGUGCGGGCCAUCUUGAUCCGAAGACCCUGCCGUCUUUGUUCGGUCGCCUCCAGUUUGCCGAGGGUCAGCUGCACGGGCGAUUGGGCAGAUUGGCACUGGCCGACCUUAGGGCGUGCACGAUGAGUUCUCAGGCCAAAACCCUUGAUGCCACGGCUGUGCAGGCCCUUUGUAAUCUUAGGUCCCGGGUUCUUGGGGGUACCCCUAGGAUAGUCCCGGCUUGUGUAGGGUCUCGUCGUUCUGUGAUUUUCACAGAUGGAGCGUACGAGCCGACAAAUGAAACUCACCCCGCCACUGUCGGAGGAGUCUUGUACCAUUUCGACAAUGGCGCGUGGUGCACUUUCUUCUUUGCAUGUGCUAUCCCUUUGAGCGUUGUACAGAGCUGGGAGGCUCUCGGGAAAAGGCAUUUGAUAGGCCCAGUUGAGAUGUAUGCAGUGGUAUGUGCGAGAGAAGCGUGGGCAAAGCACUUGGACAUGCAAAGGGUGACCAUGUAUGUGGAUCACUCCGGAGUGUUGGCCUCUUUGGUGAAAGGCUCUUCGAAAGACCCUUUGUGGAGGCAACUCUUGUUGAUCUUUGAGAGCUGCGACGCUGAGGCGAUGCUCCCUUGGUUUAGCCGCGUUCCAAGUGCAAGUAACCCGGCCGAUCCUCCUUCGAGAGCUAAGUCAAUCUUUCCAGUCAGGGGGCAGGUGUGCAGAGUGUCGCCUCGAUGCCCGAUCAAAGGCAAUGCCACGAUUGAUCUCCUUCUUAAGUGA